CAGAACGUUUAAGGCAAACUACUACUGCAUCUGCUGUGCGAGAUGAUCAAACGGAAACAUAUCAUGUUGGGGAAACUACAGAAAGCAAAAUUGGAACAACUGAACAGCCCCUUGCUUCUGAGACUGGCGGCAGCACAGAAGGACUUGGUGCCUACACGCCUACAGAACCAACAGCCCCUAGUGCAGAAACGGCAACGUCUACAGAACGUUUAAGGCAAACUACUACUGCGUCUGUUGUGCGAGAUGAUCAAACGGAAACAUCUCAUGUUGGGGAAACUACAGAAGGCAAAAUUGGAACAACUGAACAGCCACUUGCUUCUGAGACUGGCGGCAGCACAGAAGGACUUGGUGCCUACACGCCUACAGAACCAACAGCCCCCAGUGAAGAAACAGCAACGCCUACCAAGCAUUUCAGGCAAACAACUUCUGCCACUGUUGUGGGAGAUGAUCAAACGGAAACAUCUCAUGUUGGGGAAACUACAGAAGGCAAAAUCGGAACAACCCAACAGCCAAUUGCUUCUGAACCUGCCGGCAGCACAGAAGGACUUGGGGCAUACACGCCUACAGAACCAACAGCUCUCAGUGCAGAAACAGCAACGCCUACAGAGUAUUUCAUACAUACUACUCCUGCGGCUGCUGUUCAAGAUGAUCAAAAGGAAAUAUCUCAUUUUGGAGGAACCACAGAAGUAAAACGUGGCACAACUCAACAACCAAUUGCUUCUGAAACUGGCGGCAGCACAGAAGAACUUGGGGCAUACACGCCUACAGAACCAACAGCUCCGAAUGCAGAAACGGCAACGCCUACAGAGUAUUUCAGACAAACUACUCCUGCGGCUGCUGUGCGAGAUGAUCAAAAGGAAAUAUCGCAUUUUGGAGGAACUACAGAAGGAAAACGUGGCACAACUCAACAACCAAUUGCUACGGAAACUGGCGGCAGCACACCAGGAUUUGUAGAUUACACUACUACUGGCGAGACAGUCCCCAGCACUAAAUCGGCAACUUCUACAGCAUUUCCAUCGCAAACUGCUGCUGCAACUACUAUGGAGAUUGGGCAACCUACAGAAGGAAGGCUUGGCACAACUCAACAGCCAAUUUCCUCUGAAACCAGCAGCAGCACAGAAGAACUUGGUACAUACACUACCACAGAAACGGCAUCGCCUAUAGAGUUUUCACCUGCACUGGAAGGGCAAUCAACUUCUCGAACUUCCACCGCUUCUUUGCCACCUACAGUUUCUGGGGAAGUAACAAAACCAGUUGGUCCAACUACAACUGAACAUUCCUUACCUGAAAGCUCAGAUCAGCAACCGACUACAGCGACAGCCCACCAUACUACUGAAGUGGACUCUUAUGAAAUCAGGCAAAGUACAGUGGCAUCAGGGCAACCAACGACUAUCGAAGAAAACGAAGCUGUUUCCACCACACCAGGAACUUUGGUUGCAUCGUCUACAACGCCCUGGGGAACUACUGAGCAAACUUCGCCCCAAUCUGAAGCUGUUACAGCUUCAACAAAAGCAAGCCCAGAGCUGGUAGCGGCAACAACAGGCACGACCUUUGAAAGUGAGUUCGUUACCACACAGUAUCCCACUCAACAGUCCAAAGCAACAGAAAAAGGGGCCAAGAUUCCAGAGUCCAGUUCAGGAGAACCUACUGAAGGUUUAGAACUGAGUACUACUGGGGUUGAAGCUGAGCAAACUGCUACUGAGGGAAUCAUCCCCAGCUACACAACAACUUAUUCAAUGAGGACUGAAGGAGCUGAAACUAGGCAUACAACUGAAUGGGACAAUGGCAAAAGUGAAACGACAAGUAGCUUAGCUACUGAAGCCACGCUUGUAACCGGUUCUACCUCGACAGCAACUACAGAAUACAUUCCGACUACCCGAGAAGCAACAGAAAGUGAAUUGAGUGCGUCCACUAAACCAGCAGUAUUUGAAACCUCCUCAGAUCAAACUUCGCAUUUCUUUACUUCUCCAAUUGUAACGUAUGUUUACGAGCAAACUUCCAUCAAAUCUUCAGGUUCAACCUCUCCAGUUUUUCCUGAAUAUAGUUCUGAAAGCCUGGUAACUGAAACUGGAACUGAAGCAUAUUCACACACGCCGAUCUCCUCUAUCACCGGCCAGAACGUACAAAGUACCACUCCUGAACAAGAAUCAACAGCGAGUGAAAAAACCGAAAAGAGCGAGUUGAUGGAAUCAACAAAGGAAUUAGCAAAAGAAACUACCACACAGAUGAUUCUCACCACUGAAAAAUUGUCGCGGUCUUCAUCAGCUAUGGAAGAAGGCACCAGUACUGCAUUUACUCCUGAAGAAGCAUCAGAAGGCUCCUCUGAACGCGUUCCAGGAGUUCCAACUGUUGAAGGAAUAGCUAAGGAAGCCACAACAUUAGCUCACGCUACUAGAACUACAACGCCAGCUUUUAGUGCUGCUUCUGAAGCAGGGGGAACAUCAACUUUCUCAUUUAAAGAAACUUCUGAGUUUGGCCCAGAAACAUUCUCAACAACUGAAGAAUUGGCGAAGCAAACAGCGACUUCCAGUUAUAGCUCUGAGGGACCUUUACAGUAUACCACGCCUGCUGAAGCUCCGUUUACUCAUGGCACAAUGGGUGAAUCAAUGAUAACUUCAACAGCUUCUUCCAAUCAAUCUACUACACUAGGAUUUGUCACUGAAAAGGCUUCAACUACCUUGGAAGCGGAAGUUUCCAGUAAAACAACCACCGUAGUUCCAACGACAGAAACAAAGCAACUAUCCACAGAACACCCCGAAAGGGUUUCAGAACUCACUCCCGGGGAAUUCUCAACUUUAGCGUCUGCUACAGAAAAACCUUUAGAGAACUCCAAGCCCUCCAAAGCCACCUACGCUGAUACUACAACAUUGAAGGCCGAGGAAGCAUCAACCGUUUCUACCAAGAGUGUCUCUGAAGUAACGCUGCAAAUUUUUUCAACUACACAAGAACUUGGACAGGAACAAACCACAUUGCGUUUUACCACAGAAAAAUCUUCCGAAUAUUCACCGUUACCUUCAGGGUCACCUACAGGUGCAACAGGAACAAGUACUUAUGAAGGAACGACAGUGUCUUCCUCUGCAGAAUCAACAGUCUCUUCUAAAGAAGCGUCCGAGACCAGCUCAAGUGAGGUUCCUCCAGCUGAAACCACCCAAACUUCAACGUUACCAUCUAACGAAGCAUCUAAAACUACACCAGAGAAGCUCCCAAGUGAGGAGCUUGAAGAAAAGUCAACUAAAUCGGCAUAUACUACUGAGAGUUAUUCACAGUAUUCAACCUCUACUGGUUCAACCGGGUCUGAUGCUUUUGAGGCUUCAACUACUGAAUCAACGCACACGACAGCAACAUCAACAAAAGAGCCCUAUGAGACUCCAGGAGUAAUUUCAACAAUGCAAGGAAUAGAAAACGAGGCAACGACUCAACAAUACGCAACUUCUGCAGAGGCUGGUGUCACUGAGACUGUAGAAGCCAUUCAAAGCCCUACAGUACCAGCAAUGGAAGCAUCUGAACCUGAAAACUCUACAAUCCCAGGCGAAAAGCAUGCUACUGAAGAGUCAACACUAACAACCGCUGCUGGUACGGAAAAUGCAAGAGUUGCAACUUCAACUGUGGCUCCAACUACUGAAGAAGUCCAGAGGUCUACGUUGCACACUACAACUGAACAUUUGGCAUCAACUACUGGAAUUUCUUCUCAAUAUUCAACUUCAACGGAAGCUGGCUUGACUGGUACAACCAAACCCAACGCUUAUGAAACCACGUUUACAACUGCGCCGAAGUCCAGCCCUGGAGGCUUAUCAACUGUCCAGGGACUUGAAAGAGAAACAACCUCUUCUGGACCAGCAUUCUACACCACAAGACUUCCAGAUGAAUCGCAGACUACUGAGGAAAUAACCACGAGUUCUGCUGAGUCUUCUGAGCAUCCUUCUACAUCCAGCACCGGUGGAUUUUGGACAGUUCAGCAAACAGGCAAGAUUUCUACAACUGCUGAAGAAGGUUGGGAAACCACUGAGCGAAUGAUUAGCUCUGCACCUUCCACUUGGACGCCUACAACGGGAUCGACUGAAUCCUCUGAAAGAACCUCAACAAACGGACCGUCUACGGAAAUGCCAAUUAGCUUCGAACCAGACUUUGGAACUAAGGAGCCUUCAGCCACUGAGUCAACCAAACUCACUACCCCGGAUCAGAGCACUGUUUCCAGUGGAACAAGAGCUUCGUCCAUCGUGGAAGCCACUACUAAAGUUUCAGAAGAAUCCAUCGCACCAACUUCUGGUGGUGCUUCAGAAAUCUCUUCCAGAGAGCCUGAAACUACCAGAAGGAUCACUACUGAAGAACAACCCAGUUAUUCCACCACAGUUGAGGACACGAAAUCUACUUUAGCCUACCCGGCCAGCACUUCUGAGGCUGUAGAGCCUACUAUACAACCAUUACCUGGAGUAACUUCAACUACUGAAAGUGAGGGAAGGGGGUCGGAGUAUUCCACUGCUGGAACAAUCAGUACUAUCUCUACAUUGGGUGAAAGUACGACAUUUAUGUCCCCUGGAACAGCUGCAGAGCACGAAGUGACUACUGGUUUAGAGGUGGAAUAUGGGACUGUCACUGUAGGAGUAGGAACAACUGCAUCUUCAGCUACAGGUGAAAUCUUACCUAACGCUGCCACUGAAGAGCCUGUGAGCGAAGGUGGAAGUACGGAAUCUACCCAGGGAAGUACUGCGGAAAGAUCCACUAGUAGAACUGCUGAGGGCAUGUUUGCUAAUAAGGGAACUAGCCCGAGUCCACACGAGCCUACCACAGGUUACACCACGCUCGUGUCUACAGAGAAAAGCAGAGAAACCCCUGCCCAUCAACCUUUCAGUACAUCUAGAGAAACAACUACUGGCGGUGAAGGUUCAACCACUUUUGGCGCCACAGCGGCUCCAAAGUUGGUGACUGAGAAACCGUUUGUAGGUACUCAGAAGACGUCUGAGAGCACUGAGGAGCCAUUGACGAAGUUAGCUACUGAGCAAAUAAUCACUGAAAGACUCACAACAGAAGUCGGGGAAACCACUACUGGAUCCGGAAAGCAAAAUGCAACCUCUGAUCUUCCAGAAGGCAUAACAACGGAAAAUGUUAGCGCUUCUUCUGAAGCUGCCAGUGGGACAACGGCGCACGCUUUGCCGCAAGAAACUCUUUCGUACAGAAAUAAGCAGAAUGGGGAUGAGUUUACUACGUACUAUCCUUCGACCCUGUCUCCCACUACUGAGAAGUACUUUACGGUCUUUGAAAAGGAAUCUUCCAGCUCGGGUAGGAUUCCCUCCAUGGAUGCACUCAUGCCAACUGGCGCGUCCUCCUGGCGUGAAAACCGCACAACCCCAGCUCCUCCUAGUUAUACUGCAACUAUGGAGACUGCAGCCGGUUUCACUGUUGAAGCAGUUACAGUUAAGUUCCCGCAGACUGGGAUUCCUCCAGUUUCAACCACUGGAAGGCCAAUGGAAAUGUCUCAGCAACCCCCCGGUAGAACAUUCAAUCCAGUGGAAACUUCUACGGCAACAACUCCCUUGGUUCACUCGAUCACUUUCACUACCCCUACUGGGGAACCGGAGCUGAGCACCACUGAAAGCUAUAGGGAAACCACCACCAUCAAGUAUCUGGGGGAUGUUUCCACGUUCAGCACGGUGCUUUCAACUAAAGAAGUGGAGGAAAUUGUGACUUUGGGUAGAACUACCAUCAACAUCGGCCAAAACGAGGUGGUGGAAGUCACAACUCCUGCCUAUACCAUGCAGGAGGCCGCUUCUACUACCGAAAGUGCACGCGGAGGCACUGAGGCAGUCAGACAUACUGUUCAGAUGUCCACUGAGCAACUGGAGGAAUUGACCACUGUGGGAACCACUACGGUCAGCAAAGUGUCGCAGCAUGAGGAGACCACUCAACAAUCGGAGCUCAGAGAGCCUACGGAUUAUUCUACUGAAGCACUGGAGAUUGCGACGGAACCUACUACACUUUCAGCCACAACUGAACCAGUUUUAACCACAACGGUUGUAAUCGCGACCAAUCACAGUGUGAUAUCGAUUAGCAAUUACACCAAUGGAAUAACAAAUCGCACGGUAGAAUGCCUCGUCGACAAUGAUUGCGAAGACGCGGACGUCUGUAUAUUUAAAAAGUGCAUUAACGUGUGCACUAUCGGAGGGUUAUGUGGUGCUAACGCCAAGUGUACUGCAGAGAAUCAUGCAGCUGAUUGCACUUGCCCGCCUCACCAUUACGGGGAUCCUCACAGGAUGUGCUAUCCAGAACCACCUGGCGAAAGGGCGCCCAAACCUUGCGAGUCUGAUAUGGACUGUCUCGAGUCAGAGGCGUGUUACAUGUCCAUUUGUCAGGAUCCGUGCGAAUUUACCAGUGCCUGUGCGGCAGGGGCGCGUUGUCAAGCUAAAAUGCACCGGCCCAUUUGCACUUGUCCAAUGGGAUUUGAAGGAAACCCGGCUAUUAAAUGUUCCAAAUCGCCCACAAUGGGUUGCACAGCAAACGAGGACUGUCCUAUUAGUGAAGCAUGCAUAGAUAGAGCAUGCCAAAGACCUUGCGAUGUCCAUAAUCCUUGCGCGCAAAACGCCGUUUGCAUCAACACCAACCACGGAUGCGACUGCAGCUGCCAGGAGGGAUACCAAGGGAAUGGUUUCGUCGGUUGUGCACCUGUUGCCGAUAACGGUCCCCCAGUUUGCCAAUACAACGAGGACUGUCCUCCGAAUAAACUCUGCGAUCGUUUGAACAGAAGAUGCAUGAAUCCCUGCUUUGAAGACUCUUGCGGAGAGAACGCGGAGUGCGUUCCCAAGAACCAUGGGGCGACUUGCGUCUGCCUGCCAGGCUAUGAGGGAAACGCCUACGUGGAGUGCCUAGGAGUCUUAGGAUGCAGACGCGAUGAGGAGUGCGCUUCUAACGAAGCCUGCCUCAACCAGCAAUGCGCCUCACCAUGCAACUGCGGAAUCAACGCCAUAUGCGACGUGAUCCAGCACAAGCCCCAAUGCCAGUGCCCCCCAGGGUAUCAAGGCGAUGCGCGAGUGUCUUGCCAACCGCCCUCUGAUCCAUGCGACCCCAACCCAUGUGGCACCAACGCGCUUUGCGAGCUGGACAAUGGAAACCCCAUCUGCUUCUGCCCGAAGGGCCUCACUGGAAACCCAUUCAAGAACUGCAUUCCAGAAGGCGAUGAGUGUUCCCCGAAUCCUUGCGGCCCCAACUCCGGCUGCCGAGUGGUUGGAGGAAACGCCGUCUGCUUCUGCCUGCCGGAGUUCGAAGGCACGCCCCCCCAAGUGCCAUGCAGUUUGCCCAGCAAUCCAUGCGAUCCGUCGCCCUGCGGGCCCAACACUCAAUGCUCCAUAUUGGCCAAUGGCUUUGCCAAAUGCACCUGCCUGCCUGGUUUCCUGGAGAGUCCCAACACCAUCAGAGGUUGCAUCGAGAGCAGAAACCCUUGCGAGCCCAACCCGUGCGGGGCUGGCGCCCUUUGCGACCCGCACGGGGAGCCUGUGUGCUCUUGUCCCUAUGGAACUAAUGGAAAUCCCUUCCGGGGCUGCGCCAUUGAGAAGCCCUUGUGCAGUCCGGGGCCUUGUGGGGCUAACGCGGAUUGUUACAACUCCAACAACGAGGAACAAUGCUUUUGCCGGUCUGGAUUUAUUGGGGAUCCCUACACUGGCUGUAGGAUUCAGCCUCCGAGUCCUUGUGUGCCGAAUCCUUGCGGCCCUGGAGCGCAAUGUGUGAUCACUCCCGAUGGAAACUCUUUGUGCCGCUGCCCGGAGGGCAUGGGAGGUGAUCCGACCGGGCCUCUCGGUUGCUUCGGCUAUGAGUGCGUGGUGGAUGAAAACUGUGGCGAUCACCAGGCCUGCAUUUCGUACAGAUGUCGGGAUCCUUGCCCAGGCUCGUGCGGAGUAAACGCCGAUUGCCGCGUGGAGAAACACCAUCCUGUCUGCUCUUGCCAGUCUGGGCUAACGGGAAAUCCUGUGAUUAGGUGCUUCAAGAUACCGGAGAUUCUUCCGCCACAUGACCCGUGCAUGCCCAACCCCUGCGGGCUGAACACUGUGUGCCAGAGCAUCUCCAAUCGCGCUGUUUGCUCCUGCCUACCAGACUUCCAUGGGGAUCCGCAGAUCGGCUGCCAACCCGAGUGUCUGAUCAACUCGGACUGUCCGAUUAACAAGGCGUGUUUGGAGCGACAUUGCAAAGACCCGUGCUCGCAAGGACAGCUGUGCGGAGUGAACGCCUUCUGCCAAGUUAGAGACCAUACAGCAGCCUGUCUGUGUUUGGAGGGAUUUAUCGGAGACCCGUUCUUGCAAUGCAUCCAACCUCCCAUUGAAGACACACCCAAGCAUACCAACACCUCGAUCCAGCCCUGCACGCCUUCGCCUUGCGGCAGUAUGGAGUGCAGCAUCUAUGGAACGCAGAUUGCUGUUUGCGACCCGUGCUUGGGCCCGGAGGCCGUCUACAACCCUCAGUGUCGGCCGGAGUGUUUGACCAAUGCGGACUGUCCGUUCCACCAAGCCUGUAUGCGGUUCAACUGCAUCGACCCAUGUCCAGGCUCAUGCGGAGUGAAUGCUGUUUGCUCUGUGGUUUCGCAUACGCCCAUCUGUAGCUGUCCGUAUGGACUGGUCGGAGACCCGUUCCAGCAGUGUGUUCCUCUUACGAUUGAUUCCCCCAAGGACAGUUGCGACUACCCGCGGUGCGGAGUGAACGCCGACUGCCUAGAGAAAGGAACCGGGGUGAUCUGCGUUUGCAAGCGGGGCUUCUUCGGAGACCCCUAUCUGGCCUGCCGCCCCGAAUGCGUUAUCAACCCCCAUUGCCCAUUGGACAAAGCGUGCAUAAACGCCAAAUGCUCCAGCCCUUGCAGCGAUGUGUGCGGAGUGGGCGCUCAAUGCGACGUGGUCAACCACAUCCCCAUCUGCUCCUGCCCCCCUCAACAUACAGGAGAUCCGUUUGUGGCCUGUUACAAGGCUGUAAUCCCCAGCCUACCGGCGCCGGCGCCUCAAAACCCUUGCGACCCGACGCCUUGCGGCCCCUACAGCCGCUGCUCGGUUUCGCAUCAAGGAUACGCCACCUGCUCUUGCCUGCCCAACUACCAGGGCGUAGCCCCCGCUUGUAAACCCGAGUGCAUUUCAACAUCAGAAUGUCCCCAAACGAAGGCCUGCAUUAAUCUGAAAUGCGGCGACCCGUGCGCAGGCACUUGUGGGUCUGGAGCGGUUUGCACGGUGAUCAACCACAACCCGAUCUGCAGCUGCCCAGAAGGACUGGAGGGCAAUCCGUUCUUGAACUGCCGCCAAGCGCCCGUGGUGGAAGAACUGCCAUCUACAACUGAGGAACCGAUAAAUCCAUGUGUGCCCACUCCGUGUGGCCAGAACUCGAUUUGCCAGAUAAAGGAGAGCCGGCCAGUGUGUUCCUGCAUAGCGAAUUACAUUGGCAGCCCGCCCUAUUGCAGGCCGGAAUGCAUGCUCAGUCAGGAGUGUCCUCAACAUCAAGCUUGUGUGAACGAGAAAUGCGUAGAUCCGUGCGUGUCCAGCUGCGGACCGAAUGCUCAGUGCCAUGUCGUGGGGCACAAUCCGUUCUGUAGCUGUUUAUCUGGAUAUGAAGGCGAUGCUUUUGUCGGCUGCACCAAAGUGGCUGUGGUGGCUGUAGACCCGUGCAACCCAUCGCCCUGCGGGGAGAAUUCCCAGUGCUCUGUAAGCGAGGGAGCGGCGAAGUGCGUCUGCAUUCCCCCCUACAUCGGAAACCCCUACUCUGGAGGCUGCAGGCCUGAAUGCACCAUCAACUCCGAAUGUGCCACUCAUCUGGCCUGUCUGUCGCGCCAUUGCCGAGACCCUUGCCAGGGACUCUGCGGCAUCAAUUCCGAAUGCAGCGUCUUCAACCACGUGCCAGUUUGCACUUGCGCCAGAGGCCUGGUCGGAGACCCGCAGACCGGGUGCAGGCCACCUGCAGUGGUCGAGAGGCCCAAGCCAUGCGAGCCGUCGCCGUGUGGACCAAACAGCGUCUGUCGCGAACGCAAUGACAAAGCAAUAUGUUCGUGCCAAGUGGGGUACUUUGGACAGCCGCCCAGCUGCAGGCCCGAAUGCCUGGUGAGCUCCGAGUGCAGCUCAGACCAGGCCUGCAUUAAUCAGCGCUGCCAGGAUCCCUGUCCGGGAACAUGCGGCGCCAGGGCCCGAUGCCAGGUUGCCAACCACAACCCGAUUUGCAGCUGCCCGCCCAACUACGUCGGAGACCCUUUCAUUGUCUGCAGACCAGAAGAGCGCGGGGAACCAACGCCCACUCCAACUCCAUGCAUACCAUCGCCGUGUGGGCCGAACGCGGACUGCCAACCACUCAACAAUCGCGCAGUGUGCUCGUGUCUUCCGGGGAUGUUCGGCGUUGCGCCCAAUUGCCGUCCAGAAUGCUCCAUUGACCAGGACUGUCCACUCACCUUGGCCUGCACCAAUCAGAAGUGCAAGGAUCCAUGCGCGGGUUCUUGCGGCUUCAACGCCGAAUGCAGCGUGGUCAACCAUCGGCCCAUCUGCAGCUGCCAGUCAGGGUUUGAGGGCGAUCCGUUCUCCGGCUGUAAUCCAGUUGCCG